AUGUCGUUCGGUCUCAAAAACGCUGGCGCAACAUACCAGCGUCUGAUGGAUAAAAUCUUUGCUGAAGAUAUUGGGAAACACAUCGAGGUUUACAUUGAUGAUCUCGUAAUCAAAAUUCCUGAGGAAGACCAGAUGUUAAAGGACAUAGAGAAGACAUUCCACUCUUUGCUAAGCGUGAAUAUGAAAUUAAAUCCAGCCAAAUGUUCCUUUGGUAUGGAAGAGGGAAAAUUUUUGGGCUUCGUAGUCACAAAUGGCGGCUUUAAAGUUAAUCCAGAGAAAGUUCAAGCCAUAGAGCGGAUGCCGUCACGUCGAACAAUCAAGGAAAUGCAACGAUUGGUCGGCCGCCUAGCCGCGCUUAAUCGAUUUCUAUCAAACCAUGCUGCAAAAUCAUAUCCUUUUAUCAGCACUCUGCGCAACUGCGUAAAGAAACAAGAAUUCAAAUGGACGCCAGAAGCAGAAACCGCAUUCCAGCAGAUGAAAGAAUGUUUGAUAAAGCUCCCUACUCUGACCGUGUUGUUUGAAAAGGAACCACUCAUCCUGUACAUGUCCUCUUCGGACAAGGCAGUGGGGUCGGUAUUAUUGGUGGAGAGAGAUGGAGUUCAGACUCCAAUUUAUUACGUCAGUAGGGUGCUUACUGAUCCAGAAAUGAGAUAUUCAACAAUGGAAAAGCCGCGCCCAGCCAUCAAGGGUCAAGUCCUAGCGGACUUCAUAACAGAAGUCCUAGAGGAUAAAAUCAAAGAUUUUGAAGUGGUGGAUACUCCCAUUAAGGAUACAUCAGACGGAUUGUGGUUGCUAUACACUGAUGGGGCCUCAAACGUAGAUGGUCAAGGAGCCGGUUUGCGCCUUGUUAGCCCCGUGAAACAUGAAUUUACAUACGCCAUCAAGUUGGAUUUCAAGAAUACCAACAAUGAGGCGGAAUAUGAAGCAUUCUUGGCAAGCCUGCGCCUCGCCAUCAAGAUGGGAGCCCAAAACUUACAAGCUCAUGUUGACUCAUUGCUAAUAUCAAGUCAAGUCAACGGGUUGUAUGAUGCGAAGGGUGAAGUUAUGGCUUUGUAUUUGGACCAGGCGAAAAAAUUACUCCAACAAUUCAAGUCAUACAAGCCAUCUUGGAUGACCCCUAUCAUUCAGUACUUGCAAGAAGGAAUACUCCCUGAAAACAAAGCGGAAGUUAGAAAGAUACAGAACAAGGCUUUGUUCUAUGAGAUGAAUGGCGGAAUCUUGUAUCGAAGAUCCUUUUUGGGGCCACUUUUGCGUUGUGUGGACCCCCAAGAUGCAAGUUACUUGAUCAGGGAGAUUCAUGAAGGAAUCUGCGGCAUCCAUGCGAGCCCGUGCAUGGUUGUCGCGAAGAUAAUAAACGCCGGAUAUUACUGGCCAGGGAUGCACGUUGACGCCCUAAGGGAGUUGCGCAAAUGCGACUCCUGUCAAAGGCACGCCCCAAAAAUCCUGCGCUCGAAAAAUGAUCCCAUCCCCGUGUCCACUGCUUGGCCUUUCCAGCAGUGGGGGAUUGACAUGGUAGGACCCUUCCCUGAAGCUCCUGGAGCUGUGAAGUUCAUAAUUGUUGUCGUCGAUUAUUUCACCAAGUGGGUGGAGGCCAAAGCACUUGCUUCAACAACUGCAAUGAUGGUGCGCAAGUUCAUCUGGGAACACAUCAUCUACAGGUUUGGCCUCCCACUCAAAAUCGUAACAGAAAACGGCACCAAUUUUGCUUCCGAAGAUCUCCAAAAAAUGGAUGAAGGAAAUGAACAUUGA